AUGCCCGGCCCCAGCCUGCAAGUCGGCCCCAGCGGGAGCCUCCGGCUACUUUCUCCCCAUCGCUCCCUGUGUGCCAGCGGUAGGAGGAAGAGAUCGCUUUCAGGUGGCAGCCUCAGGCCCACCCCAAGAAGGAAGGAAGAUGAUUUUACAGUUGAGAAGAAAGAGGCACAGAGAUGCUAAGAGCCGUACUCCAGGCCAUACAGCAGGAUGCUGCCCAUCACAGAACACGUGCUGCACCUCCUGGGAGUGGAGAAGACCACGUUCCGCCUGUAUGCAGUGUCUGUGCUCCUCCUCUCCCUGCUCUUCUUCCUCUUCCGCCUGCUGAUGCAGUUCCUGAGGCUCUGCUGGCGUUUCUAUAUCACCUGCCGCCGCCUGAGCUGCUUCCCCCAGCCGCCCCGGCGCAACUGGCUGCUGGGCCAUCUAGGCAUGUAUCUUCCAAAUGAGACGGGUCUCCAAGAUGAGAAGAAGGUGCUGGACAACAUGCACCAUGUGAUUCUGGUGUGGAUUGGACCUGUGUUGCCGCUGUUGGUUCUGGUGCACCCUGACUACAUCAAGCCCCUAGUGGGCGCCUCGGCUGCCAUUGCCCCCAAGGAUGAUCUUUUCUAUGGUUUCCUGAAGCCUUGGCUGGGAGAUGGGCUGCUGCUGAGCAAAGGUGACAAAUGGAGCCGCCAUCGCCGCCUGCUGACGCCUGCCUUCCAUUUUGACAUCCUGAAGCCCUACAUGAAGAUCUUCAACCAAUGCACAGACAUUAUGCAUGGUAAAUGGCGGCGCCUGGCACAGGGCUCCGUGGUCUCCCUUGACAUGUUUGAACAUGUCAGCCUCAUGACCCUGGACAGUCUUCAGAAAUGUGUCUUCAGCUACAACAGCAACUGCCAGGAGAAGAUGAGCGAUUACAUCUCAGCCAUCAUUGAGCUGAGUGCCCUCGUGGUCCGGCGCCAGUAUCGCCUGCAUCACCACAUAGACUUCAUCUACUACCUCUCAACGGAUGGGCGACGUUUCCGGCAGGCCUGUGACACCGUGCACCGCUUCACCACCGAGGUCAUCCAGAAGCGGCGGUGGGCGCUCCGUCAGCAGGGGGCUGAGGCCUGGCUGAAGGGCAAGCAGGGCAAGACGUUGGACUUCAUCGAUGUGCUGCUCCUGGCGCGGGAUGAAGAUGGGAAGGAACUGUCUGAUGAGGACAUCCGAGCUGAGGCGGACACCUUUAUGUUUGAGGGUCACGACACAACGUCCAGUGGGCUCUCAUGGGUGCUCUUCAACUUGGCCAAGUAUCCAGAGUACCAGGAGAAAUGCCGGGAAGAGAUCCAGGAAGUCAUGAAAGGCCGGGAGCUGGAGGAGCUGGAGUGGGACGACCUGACUCAGUUGCCCUUCACCACCAUGUGCAUCAAGGAGAGCCUACGCCAGUUCCCGCCAGUGACCUUGGUCUCCCGCCGCUGCACGGAAGACAUCAAGCUUCCAGAUGGGCGCAUCAUCCCUAAAGGAAUUAUCUGCCUGGUCAGCAUCUAUGGGACCCACCACAACCCCACCGUGUGGCCUGACUCCAAGGUGUACAAUCCCUAUCGCUUUGAUCCGGACAACCCACAGCAGCGCUCCCCACUGGCCUACGUGCCUUUCUCCGCAGGACCCAGGAACUGCAUCGGACAGAGCUUUGCCAUGGCUGAGAUGCGCGUGGCCGUGGCGCUGACGCUGCUGCGCUUCCGCCUGAGCGUGGACCGAACGCGCAAGGUGCGGCGGAAACCCGAGCUCAUCCUGCGCACCGAGAACGGCAUCUGGCUCAACGUGGAACCGCUGCCUCCGCGGGCCUGAGCGCCGGCCUCCGUGCGGAUCCAGGGGGCCCAAGCCCCGCCCGGAGAGGCCCAGGCCCCGCCCCCGAGGGCCCAGUCCCCGCCCCCAAGAUCCCGAGGGCAGAAACCACGCCCCUCGAAGUUCAGGUUGGGCUCCCGGAGGACCAGGCUCUUCCGCGAAGCCCAAAAGUGCAAGCCACGCCCCUCACGACAAGUCUCCGCCUCCUGCCGGUCUGGUCACGCCCCUUGAGGUCCAGGUCCGGUCCCCUGAGUGCCCGUUCCGGCUCUCCAGCUUGAGGAAACAUGCUUGCUCAGGUCCCCUUGGGUCCAGACCCCUCCCAGGAUCCGGAGCAUUCGGGGCCUCAGGCCCCACCCAGCCAUCCUUGGACUUAAGACCCAACACCUAAGGCCGCUGGGAUUCAGGACCAGUUCCCUCUCCCCACCCCCCACUCGUGGAUUCCAGCUGCCUUCUAAGUUGAAGACUUGGGAGCUGAAGCCUGAAGUUAGAGCCUUGAACCCGGACAUCACCUUCUUGAGGCUCCCAGCUCAUUUGGGCUAACUCCUCUGGCAUCAGGCAGCAUCCCAGGGGUCGGAUGUGUGCUUCAGUUGUUUUGUAAAUCUAGAGCCUCCCUCACCUGCCUCUUCCCUCCUCCGUUGCUGAAAAGCCCUUCGCUGAGC